AUGAAUGGGUGCUAUAGAAAGAUGAAAAGGUGAGCAUUUGAAAUUAAAAGGUUUUUGAGAAAAUUUCAUGUUUCAGAUAUGCGAGUUCAGGGAAUAUUCUCGGAUGUUUGGCUGUUUUUUUGAUUUUCUGCUGGUUUUUCGGUUUAACCGAUCAUUUGCACAGUAAAUCCUUUGACGAUUUCCAAUGGCCUUCAGCAGAUGAUAAUUUCGAAUUUCCAACGUUCCUAACUCCGGUGAAAUGUGAAAAACGACUUUUAGUGCUCGUGAAGUCAGCGGUGAAGAAUAUUGAGCACAGAAAUGCGAUUCGAGAAACCUGGGGCAAAGAAAACAAGAAUUACGAUUUGUUUUUCAUCGUAGGAAAAGGAAAUUCCGAAUUUUCCAAGGAUAUUUUGAAGCUCGAUAUAAUCGAUAGUUAUCGAAAUAAUACUUUGAAGUUUUUCGGUGCUAUAAACUUCAUAAAAACCUGUGGAAAUCCUGAUUUCAUAUUUCUAGUCGAUGAUGAUUAUCUAGUAAAUAUCAAAAACUUGGAGAAUCUUGUAAAAUUCAAAAAUCCCGGAGCACAUGUAAGCAUUCCCUCUGAUUUGGGUCUCUAAAAACUUGGAGAACGUUUUCAGCUCUACACUGGUUUCGUGUUCAAUUCCUCUCCAUUCCGCUUCAAUUUACAUAAACAUCGAAUUUCGCUCGAAGAAUAUCCAUAUUCUCAAUAUCCACCUUAUGUUUCAGCUGGCGCAGUUUUGAUAUCUCGAAAAACUGCGAGUGUUUUUCAUGAGAACAUUCCAAAGCUGAAGGUAAGGUUGAUUUUUGGGAGCAGAAAAUGGGCGGAGCUUAUUUGCAAUCCUGGCACAGAUUUUAAUCCCGCGAAAACUCUCUUCCAGCUUGCUAUAAAUUCUAUUAGCUCCACCCCUUUCUGCAAUCCUGACACAUUAUUUCAACCACCAAUUAUUUCCAGACUUUCCCAUUCGACGAUGUUUUCACUGGAAUUCUCGCCAAAACCGCCCGUAUUCCCGUCACCCACAACCCGAAUUUCGUAUUCUGGACUCACCAAAUCUCCCAAAUAGAAUACAAUUCCCCAGAUUUUAUUGGUGUUCAUGGAUUUGCUGGACAAAAAUUGAGAGAUGAAUAUCAACAAUUAAUAAAUUAUCGAAAAUAA